UCCCCGCCCCGGCUCCCACCCCCCGCUAUAAGGAGCGCGGCGGCGGGCGCCGCUCCGCAUUGCAUGACAGCUCCUUCCCGGGCGCGCAGCUCCCGCCGCGAGGCUCUGCCGCCCGUGGAGCCUUCACUGGGGCAGAGACGCCCCCUCCCCGCCUUCUUCCAGGCCUCCGCCUCACCUCGCCCCCUCCCCAGCCACCCCCGCCCGUGACCUUGCCGUCCGGCAGCCCUAGAGUAAGAGCAGAGGCAGCCUGGGGAGGUAACAGUGCUGGAUCGGGGAGCUACCUUGGGAUGAACUAGCCAGGGAACCCCGGAGAAAUAUUCCUCCUAGGAAGGAGAGAGGAAGCCCCAUCCCACUUACGGGGUGGGGGGGGGGGUGGGGGAAGAAAGCAGAAAGAAAAAGAGGAUUUAAAGAGCGUCUUUACCCUCUUUGUUGAAUGAGAAGGACAGAGGAGGACCACCAAGAUGAGCACUAGCACAGUUCCCUAUCAGCAAAACCCGUACACCCCUGGGAGCAGUUCCACCGUUAUCCAGUGCUACCGCUGCGGAGACACGUGCAAGGGGGAGGUGGUACGCGUCCAGAGCAAUCACUUCCACAUCAGGUGCUUCACCUGCCAAGUGUGCGGCUGUGACCUGGCCCAGUCGGGCUUCUUCUUUAAGAAUCAGGAGUACAUCUGCACCCACGACUACCAGCAGCUCUACGGGACCCGCUGUGACAGCUGUGGGGACUUCAUCACCGGGGAGGUCAUCUCUGCCCUGGGAAGGACCUACCAUCCCAAGUGCUUUGUGUGUAGCACGUGCAGGAAGCCAUUCCCCAUCGGAGACAAAGUCACGUUCAGCGGGAAGGACUGUGUCUGCCAAAACUGCUCCCAUUCUCUGAUCAGCACCAAACCCAUCAAGAUCCAUGGGCCCAGCCACUGCGCAGGCUGCAAGGAGGAGAUCAAGCAAGGCCAGUCUCUCCUGGCCCUGGAGAAGCAGUGGCACGUCAGCUGCUUCAAGUGCCAAACGUGCGGGAUCAUCCUCACCGGCGAGUACAUCAGCAAGGAUGGCAUCCCCUACUGCGAGACCGACUACCAUGCCCAGUUUGGCAUCAAGUGCGAGACCUGUGACCGGUACAUCAGCGGCAGGGUCCUGGAGGCAGGAGGGAAGCACUACCACCCCACCUGCGCCCGGUGCGUCCGCUGCCACCAGAUGUUCACGGAAGGAGAGGAGAUGUACCUUACAGGCUCUGAAGUGUGGCAUCCAAUCUGCAAGCAGGCAGCAAGAGCAGAGAAGAAACUGAAGCACAGGAGAACGUCAGAAACCUCCAUCUCACCCCCUGGUUCCAGCAUCGGCUCCCCGAACCGAGUCAUCUGCGCUAAAGUGGAUAAUGAGAUCCUUAAUUACAAAGACCUGGCAGCUCUUCCCAAGAUUAAAGCCAUCUAUGAAGUGCAGCGUCCUGACCUCAUUUCGUACGAGCCCUAUCACAGAUACACAUCGGACGAAACACUGGAGAGAUAUAGCUAUGGGGAGUCCUUGGGAGCCCUGUCCCCUUACUCUCAGGACAUCUAUGAAAGCAUUGACAUCCGGCAGAGGCGAGCCUCCAGCCCUGGCUACAUUGACUCUCCCACCUACAGUCGCCAGGGCAUGUCACCCACCAUCCCGAGAUCCCCACACCAUUUCUACCGCUCAGCUGCCGGCGAGAGUAACAUCUACCGGAAACCCCCCAUCUAUAAACGACACGACAACCUCCCUUCAGCCACAAAAAGCAAAACCAGCGAAGACAUUGCGCAGUCAUCCAAGUACAGCCCUGCCUACUCCCCGGACCCGUACUACCACUCGGAGUCAGAGUAUUGGUCCUUCCAAGGGUCCCCCAAAGCGCCCCGGGCCCGGAGGUUCUCGUCAGGAGGUGAGGAGGACGGGUAUGAGCGGGGGAUGCACAAGAUCCAGAGCAGCAUUGGCAGGCUGAUCCUGAGGGAGGAGAUGAAGGCCCGGUCCAACUCUUACGCAGACCCCUGGACGCCUCCUCGCAGCUCGGCCAGCAGCAGGGAAGCCCUUCACACGGCUGGCUACGAGGGCUCCCUGAACGGCUCUCCCCGGACACACUACCUAGCUGACAGUGACCCCCUCAUUUCUAAGUCGGCCUCCCUCCCUGCGUACAGGAGGAAUGGGCUGCACAGGCCUCCCAGUGCUGAGCUUUUCCACUACGACAGCACGAAUGCCGUCAACUGGGGGAUGCGAGAGUACAAGGUAAGAUGUCCCUGCUGGCAGGUCCCUGCUCCAAGGAGCAGUUGCCACCUGGAGAUGCCCAAGUUCCACCCAGAAGACGUCCCAGAGAAGCUCCCUUGUGUCUCCAGAUCCUGUUGUGGUGGAGACUUCAUUCUCCUCCAUUCUUCUAAGCGCCCCACCAGACAGCCCCAUCCCGGGACUAUGGGACUCAGACCAGAGUCCUUCCCCUCCUGCCAGGGUCCCAAACUGCAGAGCAGAAUUGUCACCCUGGUGAAGAAGCAGAGAGGGGUGGCUGAUUUGGCUAUUGUGAGCUCAGCUCUAACUCACACGUAUCUCUGGAUCAUUCCUGGUUUUACAGAGCAAGCAAGAUCUUCCGGGUUGCCAUUCAGGAGCCACCAAGGUGGUUGAAAAGAGGCUCUGGACUAGAGUCACCCUGAAAGCCAGUCCCCAUCUCAGUCAUGCCCUGUCCAAGCCUCGGUGGGCGGCUGUGCCAGCCAAGCCCUGCUAAGUGCCCUGGAAGCAGCCUUUGCCCUGGUGGCC